AUGGCGACCGCAGCCCUUAUUAGCCCGAGCACAACCCCGUAUGGCCAUCCGACAUCUUUUUCAUCCAGCUAUCCGCACCCAGCUCCCGGGCCCAGCAUUGCAGGCAUGAUUUCUCCAGUUGAGCCUCGACGACCCUCGGACGAGUCUGAGACUCCUCAUCGACAAUCACUCCCUUCGCUUUCUGAGGUCAUCUCUGGUGCGAAACCCAGCCAGUACCCGCCUUCACAAGCAUCCAGCAUGUCGGGUUCCCAAAGCUUCCCAUCUCCCUUUGCACCAGGGCCUCCAAGAUCGUAUGCCGAGUCUUCCACCGAUAAGAACUCUCCUCGGCCUCACCAUCUCGCGUCGACAUAUCCACCAAGGCCCGACGCACUCCCUGCCAUCUCGGAUCCCUCAAGGCCGCCACCGCCAUUCGCUGCCCGUCCUCCGCCGCCUAUGGGCAGCUUUUCCGGUCCUCAACCGAGCCCGCCUCACAAGCCUGAGCAUAUGCGCGAUCCCGACCCAAGGGCACCUGAGCCGGCUGGCCCCUACGCACAACAUGCCGCGCCGCCGCCGCCCCCGAUAUAUCCUCACCCGCACGCGAAUCAACUUCCGGCAGGACAGGUCCCUUUGCCAGCGGCUUACCCCGUGUCACCUCGCCAUGGUGGGCCUCCUCUGCCAUCGCCGUACGAUGCUCAGCGUCCUGGAGUCCACGAAGCUCAAGACUCUGAGUAUGGUCCCGCCCGCCCUCAAUAUGACCGAACUUUGAACCGACAUUUGGAUGCGUGGGGCUACUCGGAUGCCUUAGGUAGAAUCGCUUCCGCUACGAGGACGAUUUACAACUUCGCCGAAGCUUACGGUCGCAUCGCCGCAGAGCAGCAUGGCAACCAGCAGCCACUGCCCGACAGGCUUCCUACUGAGCGGGAAGUAAAUGACAUGCUCGACAACGUGGAGUACAUUAGAAAUUCUUUGGACUCGGUGAGGCAACUUGUCAAGGACAGCAACGAGCGUGCGAGGGUAGUCGGCAAGCAGAAGAGCUACGAAGACGAGGACACGCCGAUGUACGACGGUAUGAACAAGAACAGCUACGGUAUCACUGAGGUCAAGAAGCGACGCGGGAGAGCUGCUCCUCCCGGCAGAUGCCACAGCUGUAACCGAAUCGAUACUCCCGAAUGGCGAAGGGGGCCUGACGGUGCCCGAACUCUCUGCAACGCCUGUGGACUACAUUACGCCAAGCUGGAGCGAAAGCGUCAGCUUGAAGCGCGACAAAUCCGUCCCAAGCCUUCUGACGAGAGGAGCUAA